CACAUGUACAUUUACUUAGCGGUUUUUGAAUUUUCUAUCUUAGAUUUUGAAUAUUAUUAACAAUUUUUUUAGUUUUAUUUCUUCCUAUGCGUUACAAGAUUUUAUGGACGUAUUGAAAAGUGUAUUGUAUAAAUAUUUAGUAACCCAACAAUCAUAGGAGGGUUAUCAAAAGAUGAAAUCCACCACCGGCACAACGAGUACAUUAACGCCCAAAUCGACGGUAGACACCGUACGUCGCAACAGCAUCGGCGUAGCUCGAACGUCGUCGUCUUUGCCGAAAAAGAUCUACCCGUGCGAGGGUCCGAUGGGCGUGCGUCAGAACCCGUGGACGCCUACCAAACGCCGCGGUCCUAUCGCUGCUGAGGCUGCCAGUCCAGGUCCUGCUGUCGUGUCAUUGCCUACCCUGAUCGGUAAACCCCCCCAAGAGUCCCGCAAAUCGCGCGCCCCCGCCUUCACCUUUGGCCACAAACUCGAUCCUCCGGGGUCCAACGCUAAGGCGGGACCUGGUCCAGCCACCUACAAUACAGAGGGAAUGACUGCUAAAGGGCGAUCGUUAGCCCCGGCGUCGUCUUUACAUGGGCGGUGGCCUCCACCAAGGUUGGCAGCGACUCCUGCGCCUUGCGACUAUGAGCUCCACAAGGCGGCUAAAGCGGUCUUAGACCAUGCACCAGCCUUCUCAAUCGGGUUACGUGUAUGCCCACCGCAGCCAGGUGGCCAAACGCCAGCACCAAACGUAUAUUCUAUGCCGCCUGUUCUUGGUGAAGCCAAGGAAGGUGGAAAGCGAGCAGCACCUGCCUUCAGCAUCUGUGGCCGAGCGAAAACCAUUGAGGGGAGGACACCCAUGCCCGGUCCAGGAUCGUACACCACCGAUAAGGCAGCCGUGUUGACGAAGCGACCACCAGCGUAUACCAUGGCCCCGAGACGAGAGCUGAAGCCACCUUCUGCGGCUGUGCCGGGACCUGGGGUUUAUUGCCCUGAAAGGGCUGACGUAAUUCAACGUGCUAGAUCGCCAAAAUAUACUUUUUCAAGUAAACAAAAAAUUGUACGGACCGAAAAUUUACCAGCGCCAAAUGCUUAUAGUCCUGAAAAGGCUGAUAGAGUUAUGAGAGAAAAAUCACCCGCUUUUUCAUUCAGAACUAAAACAGAAAUUGUAAAAGUCCACGAUGCACCAGCUCCUAAUGUUUAUUCACCUGAAAAGGCUUUACAUUCAUUAAAAAGUGGACCAAAAUACACUUUAGCCGGGAAAGGAGUUGCAGAAAAACAUGAAGUUACUCCAGCUCCUAAUUGCUACAAUCCUCAAAAAGCUGAUAAAAUCUUACACGAGACUUCACCUGCUUAUACAAUUCGAUCUAAAGAAGUGAUCGAAAAAAUUGAACAUACACCUGCUCCGAAUGUUUAUGCACCAGAAAAAUCUAUGCAUAUGCUAAAUGGAGGGCCAAAAUAUACGAUUUGUGGGAAAAUAGAAAAGACUAAAGUAUCUGAAACACCAGCUCCUAAUAGCUAUGAACCUCAAAAAGCUGACAAAAUUUUACAUGAAAGUUCACCAGCUUAUAGUUUUAGGAUAAAAGAACAAACAAUUGUACGUAGUGACUCCCCAGCUCCUAAUGUGUAUGCUCCUGAAAAGUCAAUCCAUAUGUUGGAUAGUACACCAAAAUUUACUAUUGGUGGUAAAGGUCAUUCCGACAAAAUUCCAGAUACGCCAGGCCCUAAUGUAUAUUGUCCUGAUAAAGCAGACAAAAUACUACAUGAGUCAUCUCCAGCUUACUCAUUUAGGUGUAAAGAUCAGACUACAAAGACAAAUGAUACACCUGCACCAAAUGUAUAUGCUCCAGAAAAAUGUAUUCAUGCCUUAGAUAGUUCCCCGAAAUAUACUAUUGCUGGAAAGGGACCUGAACCUAAAAUCUACAAUGUACCAGCUCCAAAUGUAUACAAUUCAGACAAGGCAGAUAAAAUCCUACAUGAAUCAUCACCUGCUUAUACUUUUAGGCCAAAAACUGCUGUGGAAAAACCAAGUGACACUCCAGCACCAAAUAUGUAUGAUCCACAUUUACCUGAUGGUACACCCAAAUAUAGUUUAUAUGGAAAAGGCCCUGAAGCAAAACCUUCUGAAACUCCUGGACCAAAUGUGUAUGAUCCACAUUUACUAGAUGGUACUCCAAAAUAUAGCUUGUAUGGAAAAGGUCCUGAUGCAAAACUUUCUGAUACUCCUGGACCAAAUGCGUACGAUCCACAUUUAUUAGAUGGCUCUGCAAAAUAUAGUAUGUAUGGUAAAGGCUCUUAUGCUAAACCUUCAGAUACUCCUGGACCAAAUGCUUACGACCCACAUUUAUUAGAUGGCUCUCCAAAAUAUAGUAUGUAUGGUAAAGGCCCUGAUGCUAAACCUUCAGAUACUCCUGGACCAAAUGCUUACGACCCGCAUUUAAUAGACGGUACUCCAAAAUUUAGCAUGUACGGAAAAGGUCCUGAAGCAAAGCCUUCAGAUACUCCAGGACCAAAUAUGUAUGAUCCACAUUUAUUAAGUGGUGCCCCAAAAUAUAGUUUGUAUGGUAAAGGCCCUAAUGCAAAACCUUCAGAUACUCCAGGACCAAAUGCUUACGACCCACAUUUAAUAGAUGGUACUCCAAAAUUUAGCAUGUACGGAAAAGGCCCCGAAGCAAAGCCUUCAGAUACUCCAGGACCAAAUAUGUACGAUCCACACUUAUUAAAUGAUGCUCCAAAAUAUAGCAUGUAUGGAAGAGGCCCCGAAGCAAAGCCUUCAGAUACUCCUGGACCAAAUGCUUACGACCCACGUUUACUAGAUGGCACUCCAAAAUAUAGCAUGUAUGGUAAAGGUUCUGACGCAAAACCUUCCAAUACACCUGGACCAAAUGCAUAUGAUCCUCGUUUAUUAGAUGGUACUCCAAAAUAUAGUAUGUAUGGUAAAGGCCCCGAUCCUAAACCUUCAGAAUCUCCUGCACCAAAUUCAUAUGAUCCCCAUUUACUAAAUAACGCUCCAAGUUAUACUAUGUCUGGAAAAGGACCUGAGGGUAAAACAUCGGAUAUUCCUGCACCAAAUGUGUAUGAUCCUCAUUUGCCGAACAAUACACCUAAAAUUACAAUGUGUGGAAAACGACCUGAAUCUAUAUCAUCUGAUGUACCUGCGCCAAACGCAUAUGAUCCUCACAUGCCCGAUGGUACUCCUAAAUUUACUAUGACAGGGAAAGGGCAACCUGGCAAAAUAAAUGAAACUCCUGCUCCAAAUGCUUACUUCCCAGAUAAGGCUGAUAAAGUACUUUUGGAAAGUUCUCCAGCAUAUACAUUCAGAUCUAAACCACAAGUUCAUCUACCAGCUAAUACACCCGCACCUAAUGCAUAUGAUCCAAGUAAAUAUCAUUACAUGUUAGAUGGAGUGCCGAAAUAUAGCUUUGGUAUUAAAGGCCACGAUGACAAGCCAACGAAUAAUCCUGCUCCUAAUGCGUAUAAUCCCGAUAAAGCUGAUAAAGUUAUAUUAGAAAAAUCACCAGCUUUCACUUUAGCGCCUAGAGGCAAAGAUGGCAAAAUUAACGAUACUCCGGCACCAAAUGUUUAUAAUCCAGAAAAGGCUGACAAGAUUCUUUUAGACAAUGCGCCCCGUUAUUCCUUUAGAAUAAAAACAAAUCCACGCAAGUCAGAUAACGUACCGGCACCCAACAGCUACAACCCCGACAAGGCUGAUAAAGUUUUGAUGCAUAAUGCACCGCAUUACACAUUCAGAAUUAAAACGGAUACGUUGAAAGUUUUAGAUACCCCAGCACCAAAUUCGUACACGCUUCCUUCACCUGUUAAGACACCAUUGUACACAAUUUCUGGAAGACACAAGGAGCCGAUAGAUGAAAGAUUAAAAGUGCCAUCUCCAGGCACUUAUAAUCCGGAGCAAGGAUAUAAAUUUGUUUUAACUUAUUCUCCUCAACAUACCUUUGGUAUCAAAAUUCAUACAGACAAAUAUGCAGAAACGCCUGCGCCCAACACUUACAGAAUCCCGUCAGUUUUGGACACUCCCGUGUACACGAUCUCAGGUCGCCACAAGGUCCCUGUGGAUGACAGGGUGCGAGUCCCUGCACCCGGGACCUACUCGCCGGAAAAGGUGCAAUUGAGCAAGACUCCGCAGAUAACAUUCGGAAUUAAACAUUCACCAUUACUAGGCCAAUUAAAACCAAUCAAUUCUCGUCAUUCUGCGGAAAGACAAGUUACCGGAAAAAUUACAUCUCAAAAUUACUCUCAAACUAAUCAGAGCAACGUGAGCCAAGUACAACGCACUAACGGAUUUAUAGAAAAAAGCAACGAUGCAACUAAAAACGAAACUUAUGACUUUACGAAUGAAUCGAAUGACUUCGUAGCUCAUGUUCACGCACAUGUGACCCAUUUAAGAGAAAACGAUAUCCGGAGUUCAACGAUCACACCAGAACCAGUGCAAGAGGUACUGACUCAAGAGAUUGUUUGGGUACCGGAGCAACGUCGCCGCGGUUCUUACACCAUUGACAGAUGUGAUGGUUUCACAGAAACAUUCCAAAAUAGCGAAAUGAUACCCACUGAAAAUGGAGUCAUCAGAUCCGCAGCGCAAGGUGAACGAGGAGCAGCAUACAAUGAAGCAAGCAAUAGUGAAGUUAUUAAACAAAAUGGAUUCGAACAAACGGUGCAGAAGAACGUUAAAAAUGCUUCCGCCCAUGAGAAGACGCAGUCAGACACUGAAGAGGUUCGCUCCGGUACAGAAGUGCAGCACCUUGCUAAUGGGGGUAUAUCCAAGACUACCACUACCACGACGAUCAGGAAAAUAGGAACAGCGGCCAAGACAGCAAAUGCCACUACCACGGUAACACGCACCGCAACAGCUGUUACGUCACGAGACGUCGGUGUUAAAUAAAAAAAAUAAAAAAACGCUUUGCUCAAACAAUAUUUGGAUUUAAGUCCCCGACGUAGACGGCUUCACUGACAUAAUAAUAUUUACUAUUGCAUACUUACAUUUAGCUUCUGAAUAAUUUAACGACGACGCCGUUUUGUACGGACCAUUUAUUUAAUCCUUUGUUCGAGCGCCUGCUAACGACUACAGAUUUGUAUUCCUAAUAGGUAUUUUCUCGAUACGUCUAUUUUUUUUUAAUGGACGUGAUCUCCAAUAUUUGACAAUAUUUAUUACCUAUAAUAUUUAAUUUCAUUCACAACACAACAUCAGUUUUAUCAUCUAAUUAUUUCUAAGAGAUAACGUUUUACAAAACUUUAUUUUAUGUUAAACGCUAAUUUAUCAUGUUGUAUUUUCAAAACUUUAUUAAUAAAUUCUUUAAUUUUA